UGGCCGGGGCCGGGGGCCAGCUCUGACCAUGCUGCUGGGGGCGCCGCGGGCGGGCGGCUGGGAUCGCGGCCGGGUGGGCGAGAGGCUGCAGGCGGCCCUGGCCGGCCUCCAGGAGCUCCAGGUGCUGCGGGAGAAGCAGCGGGCGCUGGUGCGGGCCGCCCUGGCCAUGCCGCAGCGGCCGCCGGCGGGCGGCGGGGAGCAGCCGCUGCCCGCCCACAGCAAGGAGCACCGGCUGGAGGCCACCCUCGCCGCCCUCAAAGAGCAGCUGUCUCAUUUGAGGAGACAGGAUGUCGGCUUGAAAAGCCACCUGGAUCAACUAGACCAGCAAAUAAGCGAGCUGAAACUGGACGUCAGUAAGACCUCCAGUGAAUACCUGGACAGUGACAGCCGGCCCAGCUCAGGUUUCUAUGACUUGAGUGAUGGCGGCUCUUGCUCGCUCUCCAAUUCCUGCACCUCUGUGUACAGCGAGUCCAUCUCCUCCUCCCACACCAGUCUCUUGCCCUGCUCUCAAAACCCUAAAGCAAGGCUCAGUGUGUUUGAUUACCGACCUAAGUCUGCAGAUGAAACUACUGUACACACCGCCAGUUUCCAACAGCAAGGAACCUAUGUCAACGAUGGAUGUUGGAUUACAGCUAACAUGGACAUUUCUGGGACUCCAGCCAGGUCCCGACCAAGGCCAGUUUCCACAGGUGACUUGGAAAGACUCAAUCCAGCAGACACUAGAUUUCAGAAAGAGACAGAUCCCAAGUCCAUAUUGCCUUUGUGCCAUACAGGAGAACUGCAGUUGCUCGGCGUGGAUUCCAAAUUCCAGAAUGAUUUGGUCUCCAAGAAUGGCAUUGAUGUGUAUCCUUACCCAAGCCCCCUUCAUGCAGUGGCUUUACAAAGCCCCCUUUUCUCCCUGGUGGGGACAUCCCCAGAAGCAGACCUCCAGCCUCCCCCCAGCAGACCUCUGCCUAGUAUGAUGGGUCCCAGCUUGAUUAGGACUAGGCCAACCACUGAGGCGAAACCAGGGGGUUACAUCAAUAAAUUACUCCAGCUGACGAGAUGCAAAGGAAAUAAUCGGGCUGAUGCCAGUGAGCAGAUUUUGACAAAGAGCCAGCCAUCCACAAUGCACCAGAGACUCAUUAUAACCCCCAGUGCUGGUGGAGUGAAAAUUAACAGCAGCAGUAGCCAGCUGGAAAAACAAGUGAGCUCCCUGGAAAGCAACAAAGCUGAAGGGAAGUUCCAGAGAGAUGUGCCGGAGGGGGAAUGUGCCAAGCAGCAGGAGAUAGCAUGCUCUCUGGAUGGAGAACAGCCAUCUACCACGCCUGACACAGAGCUUUCAGCUGUGAAUACUUGUUAUCCUGCCAAGUCAGCAGCAAGGGGCUCUCCUCUGGCAGAAGCAAUGGAGAGUAGCGAGGAGCACAGUUCAUCCUGCUCACAGCUAUGCCAGGAUGACUCCAGCCUUGGCACAUGGAACCCUAAACCUGUCCCAUCCAGAAAGCUGCCCCUCAAAAGAUGUGGAAAUCCCAAACUGACUAACUCUGGGGGUCAUGAACGAGCAGCACGGAGUGAGUUUGUUCAUGCUCAGUUCGUCCCUGCAGAAUCCCACCAGGUCCGGGUCAAGUUUGCCAGCUCCAAAACAAAGGCAGUAAAGAUAAAGAGAAGAAACAGUGAAAAGGCGCUUCGGCCUGGGAAGCAGGCCUUCUGCACGGAAAAGGCAAGAGGGCUCCAUGGAGCUGCCAGGCUGCCUGCCGAGUGGAAUCAGCCCCAAAGGCCACACGGAAUAAAGAACCUUGCGCGGAGACCUUCGUAUUCAGGUGAUGUGACUGGCAGGUCAUGCUCAGAAUCUAGCCUAUUGCCUGCACAGCUCAGACUACUCCCCAUGCCAUCCAGGCCGGAGCUCUACAGGGCUUCUGCCAAUGCACUGUAUUCCCUCGAAGCCGCUUACGUAGACACAGCCACCAAGAAGAAGCAGCGCAAGUGGCAAUCCACAGUGGAGAUCUCUGCCAAGGCCCACCUGGCCAACCUCUCUAGUGGCUUUGGUCUCGGGGCACCAAGGCAGCCAGCAAGAAGAGCUGGUGUCAUGCGUACUGUUAGUAUGAGGGCUCGCUCAAAGAGUCAUCAUCCGGAAGCUAAUGCCAAAAGUGAGUCAGACCACUCUGAGUACUCUGCAGAGUGUGCUUCUCUCUUUCAUUCCACCAUCGCAGAGACCAGUGAAGGGGAGGUCAGCGAUUUCACAGCUAACCGUUUUGGGGACAGUGAGUCCAGCGAAAGCGAUUUGGAUGGCAGCAGUAGCAGCAGCAGCCUUGCCCUUGACUAUGAUGAGGGUGAUGAAAGUGAGCUGAUUUGGCCUGAAGCUUCUGUCAGACAAUCGGGGUCUGUCCAGGCCUCUUCCAAGCCUCUUCCCCCGGUUCCCAAAAUCUGUCGCAUCAAAGCUUCAAAGGCACUGAAGAAGAAGAUUAGGAGAUUCCAGCCUGCCUCUCUAAAGGUUAUGACCAUGGUUUAAGGGAGAGCAAUCAUCUGUUUAUCCAAGUGAGGCAUCCUGCUAGCUCUCCUUUGCUAAACAGAAGAACUGAUGUGCAAUUGAUGUUGCUUAAACAAACUGUGAACAAUCCCUGAAUCAACACAAGGGAUCUUUUAAUUUGUUAAUGCCUGGAUGGAAAUGUCACUGUAUCUGAUUUCCUCUUUUGCCAUUUAUUCUGUAAAUAAGGAUCUAUGUAUAUUGUGUGAUGCCUUUUCUUACUAUGCAGAAGGGUCAUCAUGGUGAAAAUGAAAUGUUAAUAUGAGAUGACAUGCCCAAACAACCUGUGCUGGAAGAUUUUGCAGGCAGGCUCUUGAUCACUUUUUGUCCAUGUGCACUCACAAAAACAGUCUUGGACACAAAGGCCUCCCAAGAAGAGCUCUUCCCCAAAUGGAGAUGUGGCAGCUUCUCUCUCUCUUGUGAGGAGUUCUCUGCAGUCUGAAGCAUUAACCAACCACCUGUCACUGUGCUUACAUGGAAAAGCUCUCAGUGCUCUCCAUAGUUUUACUCUCUUUCAUAUGAACUGUUCACAUAUGGUCACAACAUCAGGAAGACAAGUUUGUUCCUCAAUAGGAACAUUUUAUGCUUAAGCAAGAAGGCAAAUGUAUUUGUGAAUGAGAACAGGACUUCACUCCAUUUCCUGUUUUCAAAAUUUGAGAGUAUAGGGGUUUUUCUAACCCCAUCUUUAUGAUGUUCCAUGUUAUUGUUCAUUUAUUGAAUGCAUAAAAGAACAUGAAGAGGGGUCAGUUCCACAGCAUGUGAAUAGCUGGGACUGACGAUAUAGCUUUGCCCUGAAAUUGCAAACUCAAUAAAUACUAU